AUGACACCCAUACCGCCCCACGAAAACAAACUGGAAGAAAGUAGUGUACACAACCAAUAUACGGCACUUCAAGAUAGCAGCUACUUAAAUGCUGAAACAGAAGAUGAAAACGAAAACUUUUUGCCAAGAAUCAGGGUGAAACGGGACACAGAUCAAGAUCAAUCGGGGAUCAGUGAUGAGGAGCAACCGGUCAGUGAAGAUUCUGGGGAGGACUCCGAAGGUCUAUCAUCCCUAGAUCUAAUCCGAGCAGAAAGUCACGCAGCCGAAGUGCCCAUUGACAUUCAGCAUCCGGAAAUAACAAUCAUCGGUACUGAACAAAACACUCCGAUGGAAACACAACAAAACGAGGAGCUAUCAAAUCAAAAAAGCGAUAAAGAAACUGUGCAACAUGAAUAUUUACAAAUACCUGCACAACAGACUAACACAGAAACCGCAUCGGAUACCUUGUCAAAAACGAACCAACUCGAACCGGAGACGAUAGUGGGAGAACCGGAAGUACCGGGACCAGAAAUACAACCUCCGGAACAUAAUGAACCGGGCCCUGAAGCGGAACAACCACCUGCGGAACCCGAACAAACGUAUGAGUCUCAACCAGACGCUGCACAAUCCUCACAAGACUCUGACAGUCAACCUGAUCAGAGUCAGUCCGAGCAUGAGACAGUAGUGGGAGAACCGGAAGUACCGGGACCAGAAAUACAACCUCCGGAACAUAAUGAACCGGGCCCUGAAGCGGAACAACCACCUGCGGAACCCGAACAAACGUAUGAGUCUCAACCAGACGCUGCACAAUCCUCACAAGACUCUGACAGUCAACCUGAUCAGAGUCAGUCCGAGCAUGAGACAAGUCAGUCCGAGCAUGAGACAGUAGUGGGAGAACCGGAAGUACCGGGACCAGAAAUACAACCUCCGGAACAUAAUGAACCGGGCCCUGAAGCGGAACAACCACCUGCGGAACCCGAACAAACGUAUGAGUCUCAACCAGACGCUGCACAAUCCUCACAAGACUCUGACAGUCAACCUGAUCAGAGUCAGUCCGAGCAUGAGACAGUAGUGGGAGAACCGGAAGUACCGGGACCAGAAAUACAACCUCCGGAACAUAAUGAACCGGGCCCUGAAGCGGAACAACCACCUGCGGAACCCGAACAAACGUAUGAGUCUCAACCAGACGCUGCACAAUCCUCACAAGACUCUGACAGUCAACCUGAUCAGAGUCAGUCCGAGCAUGAGACAGUAGUGGGAGAACCGGAAGUACCGGGACCAGAAAUACAACCUCCGGAACAUAAUGAACCGGGCCCUGAAGCGGAACAACCACCUGCGGAACCCGAACAAACGUAUGAGUCUCAACCAGACGCUGCACAAUCCUCACAAGACUCUGAGAGUCAACCUGAUCAGAGUCAGUCCGAGCAUGAGACAAUAAUGGGAAAACCGGAACAACCUUUUGCGGACAACUAUGGGUCACAUGACUCCGGUACGUCGGAGUCAAAUGUGUACCCUGAUAAUGAUCAUCGAGGCUCACCCUCAGAUGUUGAGACAAAUGGAAACAAUGCAUAUUACGGAGAAUCUUGGAAGCAGUCUGAUUCCAAUGUUAACCCCGGAGAGCCUUCUGAACAUUGGGUUAGAGAAGGUAUUAUCCAGGUUGAAGAUCCGUCGCUACUCAAUCCAAACGAUGUCUCUUCCGAGCAAGAACUGGUUGAUUCGGAGCAUCUUGGGAACACGCAAUCGUGGCGUAACAGUGAAUCUAUCCAAACGGACGAAAGGGACGUAGUAGGAUAUGAUCAUGAAUAUCAAUCAGCAGAUAAUCAAUACUCGAACACACACUCUGCCGAUUCGACUAGUGAUCAGACAUCAGAGGUGAAUAGAAUUAAUCCUGACGAAUCCUAUGAUACCUAUCAACCGGGACGGAGUCCAGAUAAUCAGGAUCAAACCUCUCAUCGUGGAGAUGAAGUUUCUAACACUGCUGAAUAUGGGGAAAGUGACCGAGAAAAUGCCAGAACCUCAUCCCAACAAGAGGAGCAUGUUAAUCCGGAAGCUGCGGUGAUGCCAUCGUCAGAAGAAACAAUAUCACAUGACAAGGAGUAUUCUACUGAAAAUUCCCGACCGGAUAGUCCUGAGGAGCAACAGCAAAAUGAAAUUGAAGGCAAUGAGAAAAAGAGUACGUUUCAUUAG